CAACGUACUGAAUCCGAUUCCAUUUUCCAUUAUCUUCUUCCGCCAUUGCUAGCGUUAUUGGCGGCUGCUGUCUUUGUUCUAUGUGACGCUGUUCACAUUUAUAAAUACUACGCAAAUACUUCAUAUAAAUUUCAAAGAAGAAACAUGGAUGAUGAUUGGGAUGAUGGUGUCGGUGAUGUGGUAGUACAAUCUCCUGCACUUAACAACUACGACUCAAAUGUUGAUCAAGGGCACAGUCUUUCGAGAGGAAGAGGAUUCCAGUCAUUUGAUGAAAAUGAUUAUGAAGUGGAUAAGGGCAGCAACGGUUUUGGAGAGAGGCGCGGGCGCGGCGGUAGAGGCGGGCGGGGAGGAGGCCGUGGGUUCCGUAAUGGUGGAACAGGUAGCAGAGAACCAAGGGAUUAUGAAAAUGGCGAAGGCGAGGAUAGACGUGAUCGAGGCGAGCGCGGGCGAGGUCGUGGUCGCGGCGGUCGCGGUGGCGGGCGAGGCGGCGGCAGCGGCGGCGGAGGCGACGCGCCCGAGAUCGGCGAGGACGGCGAGCCCAAGAAGCCACCAGUCACAUACGUACCGCCGGAGCCCACCGAUGACGAGCAAACCAUCUUCAGCAGCACCAUUAGCUCCGGCAUCAACUUUGAUAAAUUUGACUGCAUUGCUGUUAAAGUGAGUGGCGAAAACCCACCCAGAGCCAUUGAAAGCUUUGAAACAGCAAACUUACGAAAGUUUGUGUUGGACAACAUUUUGAAGGCUGGGUACAAAAAACCGACACCUAUUCAAAAACAUGCCAUUCCAAUUAUUAUUGGUGGCCGAGAUCUUAUGGGCUGUGCACAAACUGGCUCAGGCAAAACGGCUGCAUUCUUACUGCCUAUUAUAAACACAUUGCUUCAAGAUCAGCGAGAGCUUAUAGUUGGACCAAAUGGUUGUGCCCAGCCACAGGUUGUAAUAGUAUCUCCAACUCGUGAACUGACUCUACAAAUAUUCAAUGAAGCAAGAAAGUUCUCUUAUGGUUCCGUUUUAAAAAUCGCUGUAGCUUACGGAGGAACUGCAGUGCGCCAUCAGGGGGAUAAUAUUUCUAGAGGAUGUCACAUCUUGGUCGCAACACCUGGCCGCCUCCACGACUUCGUGGACCGCAACCGCGUGUCGUUCGACGGCAUCCGUUUUGUAGUGCUUGACGAAGCAGACCGCAUGCUGGACAUGGGUUUCAUACCGAGCGUCGAGAAGAUGAUGGACCAUCCUACCAUGGUUCCUGUUAGUGACCGGCAAACCCUGAUGUUUUCGGCAACAUUCCCCGAGGACAUCCAACAUUUAGCCGGCAGAUUCCUUAACAAUUACCUGUUUGUAGCCGUCGGUAUUGUAGGGGGAGCUAGCACUGACGUCGAACAAAUUUUCCACCAAGUUAGCAAGUACGAAAAACAAACCACACUGAAGAAGCUGAUUGAAGAAAAUGAUCGCAAGCGUAUCUUGGUGUUUGUGGAGACAAAACGUAAUGCGGAUUUCAUAGCCGCCAUGCUGUCGGAGCAACAGAUGUUGACGUCAUCGAUUCACGGCGACCGUAUGCAGAGAGAGCGCGAAGAAGCACUCGACAAUUUCAAAAGUGGAAGACACUUCAUACUUGUUGCCACCGCUGUCGCCGCUAGAGGACUAGAUAUAAAGAAUGUGGACAUCGUCGUCAAUUACGAUCUUCCAAAGAGUAUAGACGAGUAUGUACACAGAAUUGGAAGAACCGGUCGUGUUGGAAACAGAGGAAAAGCAGUUUCGUUCUAUGAUUCUGAUCAAGACAUUGGAUUAGCAGCGGAUUUGGCAAAGAUCCUGAGGCAAGCUGAGCAACCAGUCCCAGACUUCCUACAGGGAGGCGGCACUGCCACAUACAGAGGCAACAAAUAUGGUGGCAGUGACAUAAGAGAUUUCAACAAUUCAGCGCCAGCUGCUGAUCAAGGCCAGGAGCCUGAAGAAGAAUGGUAGAUGUAAGGGACUUCUUGAUAUUAACCUCGCCAGAUUGCGAGUACUCCAGUGAUGAUUUGUUUGUUUUUUUUUAUUACAACUGGUGGUGCGCGUAUGUAAGACAGUGGUGCUUAUGCGACAGCUCACUAUGACUAGUGAAGAUAUCAAAGUGAAUGACUAAACCGAAUUUGUUCCUAAAUUUAGGAAUAGUAACUCUCCUUAAUUUACCAAGCCUCAUAAGACUGUAAACUUAAUUGACAAGUAUUUUAGAUAGUUCUAUUUAAUUUUAAGUUGCAUUGAUUAACCACAACAUAACAUUUUGCAUAAGUUCCAUUGCUGUUGAAACGCAUACAUCAUCUUGUUGUACUUAUGUUAUUAUUCUUCCAUUAAUUGUUUAGUUCUUAAGUUUUGCGUAUUUUUUUACUAGAUUUUAAUACUUGUUUUUUGUUUAUCUUGCGUUGCUUUAGUACCUAUACUAGGUAGCUACAAAAUUUUGAAAUACUUGAACAAAAUUAACCUCAGUCGCUAACCUGUGAUGUUAUAUGUAAAGUUGCUCACUUAAAAUUUUAAAAUAGUUACGAGUGCAUAGAUAUAUCAUAAUAUUUUAUUACUCAACUUCAAGUAAAUAUAAACUUGAGAUUCGCCUUACAGGAAAUUCCAACUGCAUAGAUGCAGGUUGGUAAAAAUUUUGAAUCUCUUAAAUGUUCAAAGGGCAUGCAAAAUUAUUAUUUUUAAAAUCAUUGUUUACUUACACUAAGUGUUUAGGAGGUCUACUUGUCAUAAAACCUUAGUUUUCUGUACAAAAGCCGAUCUAUUCUAAUUUAGAAGGAUAAAAUUGUAAUCUGUGAUGAUUAUUAUUAUAAGUAGAAUAGGUUCACUUGUCACCCAUGCCAUACGAAAUAUUUCAGUUCAAAUGUAAAACAUAUUCACAAAAUCUCGAAAUAGAGUUCUAUUUCAUUCAAGCCCGAAAGUACUACCUUGGUUGACAUUACACAUUGUAAGCAAUUCAUACCAAACCUUGUACAAGGGAGUACUCAUUAGACGUAAGACGUUAAUAAUAAUAAAAAUACCAAAUAAUAA